GCUCCUGCCAAGCUCGCCCUCAAACCCGUGUGGCACAAGUUCUGCUUUGAGUUGUGCUUUAUUAGAGAAGUAGUGAGAAAGGUCUGCUAAAAGCUCGCUGUGUCAGGGGACGUGAGCGUUGCACCUGAGAAAUAUUCAAAGCGCUUUUUGUAGUUACUUAGGCGAGCACUCGAGCUUGGGAUGCAUGGUUAGCUGGGAGUGGGCUGUAGAGGUUAAAGUUGCUGGAGCUAUUUGAUUAACAAAAUGAAGCCUGCAAAGCUGCACUACUGGGUUCUGGGUUGGUUUUCUAUAGCAUUAUGUGGUUGGUGUGCUUCAGAUAAAUUCACUCAAAGUGACAGCCACCCUCAUACCUGGAAGAAGCUGUAUCUUGUUCAUCAUUGGCCAGUGACUGUAUGUAAGAUGAGUGCUAAUGAUUGUGAACACCCUCCAGAAUACUGGACAAUCCAUGGAUUGUGGCCUGACAAAACUGAAGAGUGUAACAGGACGUGGCAUUUCAAUGUCACUGAGAUUAAGGAUCUUUUAUCAGACAUGAGACACUAUUGGCCUGAUGUGCUUCAUUCAUCUCUGAAUCGCACCCAGUUCUGGAAACAUGAGUGGGAGAAACAUGGCACUUGUGCAGCCACACUUGCGGUCCUUAAUUCUCAGAAGAAAUACUUUGGUAAAGCCUUAGAACUCUACCAUCAUAUUGAUCUUAACAGUUGUCUCCUGAAAGCUGGGAUAAAGCCAAGCAGUUCAUAUUAUGAGAUGACUGCCAUAAAAGAAGCUCUUACAAGGUUUUAUGGUGUAACACCAAAGAUCCAAUGUCUUCCUCCAGAAGAGGGUGAAAAAGCACAAACAAUUGGUCAGAUUGAAUUCUGCUUCACCAAAGAGCUGCAGCUGAGAAACUGCACAGUACAGAAUGGUGAAUCCAAACCAAUGCCAGCUGACUUGAAGCUUGGAGCUGAGGAGUUAUCUGUCUGCAGUGAUACUCUCCCAACAUAUUACCCUUCACAAGUUCAAGAUCGUAAAUGAAGCCAUCAGAGUUUGAAAAACUUUUUCAAUAGUAACAAAACCCAAAUCCUUAAAACAUUUUACCUUGGGAAGCAGUCUUGACUUAGCAAUAUUACAAAGCCCUGUCCAUAUCACAGGCAGACUGUGAAGAUUUCUUCUGGAAAACACAAUUCCUUUGCCAUGAAAAGAGAAUGGUCCACAUUGUAAUGUUACGGUUACAGGCUGAAGUGUUGCAUUUUGGCUCUGAUAUUGAUGGAAGUAGAAUCUGAUUUAAAACUUUGCUUGGACUUCUUGGCUUGCUUAUGGCUUGAAUCAAUGUUGAAGAGAAAGCUGUGACCUGUUAGUUUCACUUGCUGUUAAGUCUGCCACUUCAGGCAGUUCUGGUUUUUGCCAGUGAGCUAGAAAAAUGAAGUCAUUCUUUGUUUUGAAAGGAUGUUCGUCUCUCUCACAUGUGAUAACACAUUUUUGAGAAGAAAAUACUGUAAACAAGAAAUGCUGAGAGAGCUGUCUGGGGGUCCUUUUCCAGACAGGAAUUGUGCAAAUUGUGUAAAUUUGCUUUCCAGAAGUGCUGAACACAGGCUGUGUCCCCUGAGGCACAUUAAGCCUUUCCUUAUUCAGAGAUCACAGUGGACCAAAGAUGACAGUUUUUGCAUAAGUUCUUAGUGAAUGAAAUAAUGUUCAUCACGUUUUGGCACUUCUGCCUGAAGGACCCCAGGAAUACUGUAUUAGUAGCCUUGCCUCUUACUUGUUUGAUUUUGCUACAGUAGCUCCAUACAGUCUUGAAGAACAACCAACCUUAGAACUUACUUCCAGUAUAGGACCAAAUGUUAGCCCUACAAUUACAUUGUUGUUUAUUUUUCAUUGUACUUGAACAUUUAACAUUACCACACAAAUAUGAGUGCCUGCACUUUUAUUUACAAAUGAGAUUGUCAGAUUAUCAUUUUGUUCCAAGAAACAGCUUUUUAUAAAUGAAUCAGUAAAUGCCACAAGGUUUCAGUAAAAAGUACAAAAUUCUCUUAACUCUUUCAAAUAGUACUUAAAUGUGCAUCGGUUUGGGGUGGACUACAUAGAAUGCAAACAAGUCAGAAUGAACAUGGAUUUACAUUU